AUUCGUUGAGGUCAACCCAACCGGAGUGCAAUGGUCAGGCCUCGCCCAAGGUGAACCACCUUCUUGAUCAUGGUAUCUCCCCUGCCAGGCAGCGGCCCCUGAAGGCAGCACCAUUUCACACUCUCAUCACUGCAUCGAUUCAUUGAUCGGGAAACCGCCAAUAAAUCACAGUCCCGUCCCGUUGACCUACAAAGGCGAGACAGAGCGGGGAAGGAAGGAGGUCACUGGGUUGUUUUCACCCACCAGCGUGUUAUCUAACUCACAUUAUACAUCAUGAACUCUUUCAUUUGCCUUUAAAACAGUUAGAUUUGUGCUUUCCACAGGAUUUACUGCUCCGUCUCAGUCCUCGCCUUCGCUACCACCAUCAUCUUCAUCCUCAGCCAGCAGCUCCUCCAGGUCGGAGUCUGAUUCCUCCCCCCAGUGGAGCCUCACUUCUGGGACACUGUGACGAUGAAAAGCCCUGAACACAUCACAGGAGCCUGGAGCUUUCUCUCUCUGACUUCUAUCGGAGGCAGGACUACUCCCGACUACUCCGGCCUUCUGUGGCGAAACAACAAGCUCUCCGUCACCCAGGAAACAUCGGUUCCUGAGCGCCAAGCGACGCUGCAGAGGUUCGACCGCAGACGGACAGAUGUGGAGGCGGUCGCUGGCCACAAGGUGAGGAUGUCCCGAUCCGGCCUGGAGCAGCAGCUGUCUGAGAGACAACCACCUCCAGAGACCUGCCAGAGGUUUCUUGGUUGAUUCUUCAGAGUCCAUCAGAGUUUCUGAGGCGUAUUCCCUCCUCAGCCAGAGAGAGAGCCACCUCCUCCAGGCUGUUCGGACUCUGCAGCCUCCCGUAGAACGUGUCUCCUCCUGGAUGGAUGUACUGGAUGAGGAAGCCCUAAUCCUCAGACGAGCAUUUAGUCAUGAAAGAGUCUUCUGGGACAGGUCAGACCCAUUGGCCGUUGGAGAUGACUAUCUCAUUGAGAGAUACAGAUUCUCAGGUGAUGGACUGAGAUAUUUAUGUAGGCUGCUGGGUCCAAAAAUACAGCACCAGACGGCAGGAAGCCAUGCUCUCACUGUACCACAGAUGGUCUGUGUUACAUUGAGAUGGUUUGCAAGUGGGAGCUUCCUUUAUUCUGUUGGGGAUGCAGAGAACCUCAAUAAAGGAACCAUUUGCCGCACAAUAAGACGUGUUUGUCUGGCACUGAAGUCAUUCAGCAACAUAUUCAUCACCUUCCCUGGCCACAGAAGACCCCUCUACAUCCAGGAGGAGUUUUACAAGAUUGCAGCUUUCCCUAACAUCAUUGGUGCAGUGGAUUGCACACACAUCAGAAUCAAACGCCCCUCAGGAGAACAUGAGGGAGAUUACGUUAACAGGAAAUCCUUCCACAGCAUCAAUGUUCAGGUGAUAUGUGAUGCUGACUGCCUUGUCAGCAAUUUAGAGGCAAAGUGGCCUGGCUCAGUGCAUGACUCCAGAGUCUUUCGGGCUAGUCCAAUUUACGAGAGACUUUCACAAGGCGAAUUCUCUGGUGUGCUGCUGGGAGACAAAGGCUACGCCUGCGAGUCAUUCCUCUUGACUCCCCUAGCGGACCCCCAAACCCCACCACAGCAGGCCUACAACCACGCACACAAUAAGACAAUGCCUGCACCACCUGAGAGUUUCCCCGGACAGGGCCUGUGA